UGCAGUGAUAUUCAGGGUUGUGCUUGGACUUCUACGGAAAGAAUCAUGUAGAAAAAGAGGGGUUUUUGAUGGGUUUGUCGUAAUUUGGGUACUUGGUGUUAUGUCCUGUUAUAGUUGUAUGUCUUCCCCAAAAUGCCUUCUUUCAGGUGCAGAGUAAGAAAACUGAAGUCAGAGACCAUGGGAGAUGCAGCAAAACCUUAUUUUGUGAGACGCUCUAAAGACCGGGGAACUGUUGAUGAUGAUGAUUUCCGAAGGGGCCGCCCCCAGCAGGAUUAUUUGGUAAUGGAUGAUUAUGCCAAAGGCCACGGCAAUAAAAUGGAAAAAGGCCUUCCAAAAAGAAAGGUAACACCAGGGAACUAUGGGAAUACCCCCCGAAAAGGACCUUAUGUGGUUUCCAGCAAUCCCUACGCGUUUAAGAACCCAAUUUACAGCCCACCUGCUUGGAUAAAUGACAGCCACAAAGAUCAGGGUAAGAGAUGGCUUGCUGAAGAACUUGCUGGUAAUUCCGAUGGUUGGAGAGAAUUCAAACUUGGACCAAAAAUUCCUAUCAUAAGCCGCCCAAGAAAAGACUCCUUUCAAGACAGUGAAGAUGGUUAUAGGCGGCCAGACAGCAGAGGCUGCAGAGCUGUAAGACAGCUGUUCCAGAAGGACCUAACAAGCCUAGAAGCCAUGUCCGAAGUGGAAGUCGGAAGUCCUGAAAACAAGAAACAGCGGUCCAGACCUAGGAAGGCACCAAAAACUAGAAAUGAGGAAAAUGAGCAAGAUGGAGAGUUGGAAGGUCCUGUGAUCGACGAGUCUGUGCUUUCCACAAAGGAGCUGCUGGGCUUACAGCAGGCGGAGGAGCGGUUGAAAAGAGACUGCAUUGACAGGCUAAAAAGGCGACCACGCAACUACCCUACAGCAAAGUACACCUGUAAGCUCUGUGAUGUUUUAAUUGAAUCCAUUGCAUUUGCCCAUAAGCAUAUCAAAGAGAAGAGACACAAGAAAAACAUUAAGGAGAAGCAGGAGGAAGAGUUGCUCACUACGUUACCCCCGCCAACACCCUCCCAGAUAAAUGCAAUUGGCAUUGCCAUUGACAAAGUGGUACAGGAGUCUGGCUUACACAAUGAGAACCUGGAACAGAGGCUAGAAAUUAAACGUAUCAUGGAAAAUGUGUUCCAACACAAGUUACCAGAUUGCUCCCUGAGAGUGUAUGGCUCUUCCUGUAGCAGAAUGGGUUUCAGAAAUUCAGAUGUCAACAUUGACAUUCAAUUUCCAGCUACGAUGUCUCAGCCAGAUGUCCUCUUACUUGUUCAAGAAUGCUUAAAGAACAGUGACUCUUUCAUUGAUGUUGAUGCAGAUUUCCAUGCCAGGGUGCCAGUGGUAGUCUGCCGAGAAAAGCAAAGUGGUCUACUGUGUAAAGUGAGUGCAGGAAAUGAAAAUGCUUGUCUGACAACAAAGCACUUAGCUGUCCUUGGAAAAGCAGAGCCCAGAUUACUUCCUUUGGUGAUUGCAUUUAGGCACUGGGCAAAGCUUUGCAGUAUAGAUCGCCCUGAAGAAGGAGGCCUGCCACCCUAUGUGUUUGCUCUGAUGGCCAUUUUUUUUCUGCAACAAAGAAAAGAACCGCUUCUCCCUGUUUACCUAGGACCAUGGAUUGAAGGUUUCUCAUUAAACAAACUAGGAAACUUCAACCUCAAAGAUGUUGAGAAAGACACUGUGAGCUGGGAAUAUACUGAUAAUGCUUCAGGGGACACAAACCCAGGAAAAGAAGAUUUGGCCAAGGACGUUCCAGUCAAACGGGGACAGGUGUCAUUAAUAUUUGAUAAAAAACAACAGCCUUCAGUACCAGUUGGGCAGCUCUGGGUGGAAUUGCUGCGAUUCUAUGCUUUAGAAUUUAAUUUGGCUGAUUUAGUGAUUAGUAUCCGUGUCAAAGAGUCUGUGUCUCGGGAAUCCAAGGAUUGGCCCAAAAAGCGCAUUGCCAUUGAAGAUCCUUACUCUGUUAAAAGAAAUGUGGCAAGGACCUUAAAUAAUCAACCUGUGUUUGAUUACAUACUUCAUUGUUUAAGGACGACAUAUAAGUAUUUUGCUAUUCCACACAAAGUUAAGUCCAGCCUGUCAAAACCUCUGAGCUCAGUUACAUGUAUUUCAGAACAUUCUAAAGAAGUAAUCAAUCAUGAUGCAGAUGUUCAAAAGAAAGAUGAUAAAUUAAAAAACUCAGUUUUGCCUCAAGAUCCUGGUGCUACUACCAGCUCAUCUAAAAAUACCUGCAAGGCACAGGCAUUUACUCGUACUCAGAGAAAGACUGGUGAAAGCUUUGGAAGUCCACCAACUGAAGAGACUGGAAAGGUACCCGUCAGGGUCCACCCACAGAACGCAGGCUGUGUGCAGGUACAAGUCAAUGGUGAUGAUUUUGAGGAUCUCAGUGUGCACCAUCAAAAAACAGAAAGUAACAGUGAGACAGAGACGAUGGUCAGGGAGGACUGGCAUGCCACGACUGCCCAAGAUGGAACGUUAAGCAGAUGUAAGCACAGAGAGCUCGUCAGCUGUGGCAGCACAUGCAAGGAUGAGACAGACAGCUGUUUGGAUCUCAACGGCCUUCAGGAUCCUGUGGCUAAAGAGGAUGAUGGACUCACUACUCUGUCUGGCAAGUCUAAUGUUGAUGAAGAAAGCAUAGAAGGCACUGAAGAACUAGAAGACCCUCUAAACCACUUUGCUCCUUCAGUGCAGGACCAGACAUUGGAAACCACCUGCUCUGAUGAAGAAGAGGAGGAAGAGGAGGAAGAGGAGGAAGAACCUAGGCUUUCCAUUAACCAGCAGGAAGGCAGAGGUGACCUUGUUCAAGAAGAUGGGCUAGAUAACACCUAUACCGGAUCUGGGGAUGAAGAUGCCCUGUCUGAAAACAAUUAUGUAGUAGAGGAGCCUGCCAAGGAGUGUGAAAAACAUGUAGACAGUGCUCUACUCGUAGAAUUUAAUAAAAUAACUCUUAAAGAGGAAAUUAUAUGUGAGGAAAAUUCACCUGUGGAUCCGUCUAAUUUCUUCUAUGAAUUUAGUAAGCUUAUCUUCACCAAAGGCAAGUCUCCCAUGGUAGUAUGCAGCUUAUGUAAACGGGAGGGUCAUCUCAAGAAGGACUGUCCUGAGGACUUCAAAAGAAUCCAGCUGGAACCUUUGCCACCGUUGACACCCAAGUUUUUAAAUAUCUUGGAUCAAGUUUGCAUCCAGUGUUAUAAGGAUUUUUCUCCAACUAUUUCAGAAGAUCAAACUCGUGAGCAUAUUCGACAAAACCUAGAAAGUUUCAUAAGGCAAGACUUCCCAGGAACUAAAUUGAGCUUGUUUGGUUCCUCCAAAAAUGGAUUUGGGUUCAAACAGAGUGACCUUGACAUCUGUAUGACAAUCAAUGGACAUGAAACUGCUGAGGGGUUGGACUGUGUGAGAACUAUUGAAGAACUGGCAAAAGUCCUCAGGAAACAUUCAGGUCUAAGAAACAUCUUGCCUAUUACAACAGCGAAGGUGCCAAUUGUGAAAUUCUUCCAUUUGAGAAGUGGCUUAGAAGUGGAUAUCAGUUUGUAUAACACAUUGGCCCUUCAUAACACAAGGCUUUUAUCUGCUUAUUCAGACAUUGAUCCCAGAGUGAAAUAUCUGUGCUAUACCAUGAAAGUGUUUACAAAGAUGUGUGACAUUGGUGACGCAUCUAGAGGCAGCUUAUCAUCGUACGCCUACACGCUCAUGGUGCUGUACUUUCUCCAGCAGCGGAAUCCACCAGUCAUUCCUGUCCUUCAAGAGAUCUACAAAGGUGAAAAGAAACCGGAAAUACUUGUGGAUGGCUGGAAUAUAUAUUUUUUUGAUCAAAUAUAUGAUCUGCCUGCCUACUGGCCAGAGUAUGGAAAAAAUACAGAAUCUGUCGGGCAGUUAUGGCUGGGACUUCUUCGUUUCUACACAGAAGAAUUUGAUUUUAAAGAACAUGUUAUUAGCAUCAGGAGGAAAAGUCUGCUUACGACUUUUAAGAAACAGUGGACCUCAAAAUAUAUUGUAAUUGAAGACCCAUUUGAUUUGAAUCAUAAUCUUGGAGCUGGUUUAUCAAGAAAAAUGACAAAUUUUAUAAUGAAAGCAUUUAUCAAUGGUAGAAGAGUGUUUGGCAGUCCAGUUAAAGGAGUUCCUAAGGACUACCCUUCAAAAAUGGAAUAUUUUUUUGAUCCGGAUGUACUAACUGAAGGUGAACUUGCCCCAAAUGAUAGAUGUUGCAGAAUUUGUGGGAAAAUUGGACACUUCAUGAAGGACUGUCCUAUGAGGAGAAAAGUGAGGCGACGGCGAGAUCAGGAAGAUACCCUGAACCAAAGAUACCCUGAAAACAAAGAAAAAAGAAACAAAGAGGACAAAGAAAUUCAAAACAAAUACACAGAGAGGGAAGUGUCAGCAAAAGAAGAUAAGAGCAUGCCCUGUACACCCCCAAAAGCCAAGCCCAUGCGGAUGCCUGUGGACCUGACAAGGGAGAAGCUUCUCAGGCCACCAAUGGAAAAGUGGAAGAGGCCAGAUGACAGAGACCUCAGAGAGAAGCGGUGUUUCAAUUGUGGGAGAGAGGGGCACAUCAAAAAAGAAUGCCCACAGUUUAAAGGCUCCCCAGGUCUGUGUAUGUCAGAUUGUUUGUUUGGAUCCCCCUCUUCACCUAGCCCUCUGAGGUCACCUGGUACCUUUGUUCAGGCAGUGCUUUUACAUGAAGACAAAAAGAAACAAAAAACAGCAAUAUUUUUGAGUCCCCAGUCAGGUAGCCUUUCCAGUAAAUAUAUGACUCAGGGAAAAGGCUCGGCGAAGAGGACCCCCCAGGAAUCAUGAGGGACGGAAAGCGCCACGCUCUGACCGGCCACGCGGGCGUUCCCCUUCACUCGGAGAUUAGCUUCACUUCCAGGGACAUGGCAGCAUAGAUCAGGCUUCAACCUCACACUCAAGGAACAUGUCGGAAUUUUCUUUAAUUUAAUGAAAUUAUUAAUGAGGAAAAAUUUAAUAUAGUCUUACCUGCCACUAAUCCCCCAUAGAUUUAAGGAUUUUAAUAGAAAGCCAUGAUGUAUGUAUUUAAGCCAAGCUAAAAGGAAAAAAAUGGAACUAUGUGUCAGUAUUCAAUGAAUACAGUUUCAUGGUUUUAAUUCUUUCAAAGGGCACUAAAAGUGUGCUGAUAAACUCCAAGUAAAUUAACCUUUCCCUGUAAAUUCCUUUUUUGUUUUGUUUUUUAAGAGAGGAGAUUCUAUUUAUUGCUGUUGAUGGAAUCCUUGUGUGAAAGCAUAUCAAAUAUGUGUGAACUGCUACUACUGUACUUAGGAUUUACCAACAUUACUCUCUUGCCCUUGGUAGAAGUGCUAACAUGGACAUGCGUAGCUGUUGCCAUGAGCUGGCAGGGGGAGCAGGGCGCCUGGACACCUCUGCCUUUCUCCCUGUCUGAUAGAGAACUACUGUGCUCAUAAAGAUGAAGUCAGAAAGACAAGCAGUCCUGUUUGCCACUCAAACAUUUUCAAAGGAAAAGCGGCAAAACCGCGUUUUACCAUAUAUGACGCUCAGACAUUAGGGUGGAGAGCUUUUAUGAAUCCCUGACGGGCAAAGAGAUCGUCCUCUGCCAACCUCAAAUGGGUCGGUGUCAUCUGGGUCUGACUGGAGUCCUGCUGGAACUGUUUCUCUAACUUCACAAGCCUUUCAGAAGUAGUACAUGGUCAGAACUAUGCCCCAUUUAUUUAUGAUUUUGAAAUAAAAUCACAAUUUCAACCUGUAA